AUGGGUCUAUCAGAGUUGAACUUUCAGGGACAAUCAUUCACCUGGUGCAACAAUAGGUUGGGCAAUGAUAGGAUUUAUGAGAGGUUGGAUAGAGCUUAUGCUACUGAAAAUUGGAUGCAUAAAUAUUCAGAAGCCACAGUGUUAAAUCUCCCUAUCUUAGUCUCUGGUCAUAGCCCUAUCAUCAUGCUAACUUCACCAUUAACAUACAGAAGGAAAUCACCAAUAAAAAUGGAGGCCUGGUGUCUUGGGUUUGAAGAGAUUACGAAUAUCAUAGCUAGUCAAUGGCAACAACAAGUUCAGGGAUCACCAAUGUUCAAAGUUGCGCAAAAAUGUCGCCAAAUAAGAUUUCGUUUAUUCAAAUGGUGCAAGGAUUUUAAGGCCUCAAAUAAUAUUGCAUGGGAAGAUUGCCUGAACAAAUGUGGUGAAGCCCAAUCUCAAUUCCCUAAUAUCACUGACGGGGAACAAGAUGUAAAUGUAUUAGGAAGAGCAGAGAAAAUUUGGAAAUUCAGCUCAAAUAUUGGCAGCAGAGGGCAAAGAGCAAAUGGAAAGCGUGGGAGGAUACAAACACUAAGUGGUUCUAUAGGAAAGCGAAGCGACGUAGACGUCGAAAUGAAAUUUUGA